GUAAUACCUGCUGUCAAUUUAAUGUCUUAUCAAGUGUCUUUUAAUAGUUUAGUGAUAUAAUUAAUUAGUUACAGUAGAAUAACCUGAGUUUCCAAGACUGACUCUGUCACAGAAAAUGCACUGUCUAAAUUAUACUCCCUUCCCUCAGCCCCUUGCCAAACACGCCAAAAUAAAUAGAUUGAGCAGUGAGCAGGAAUGAAAGACGUCAGUGGCGCUAGAAAUAUGCAGCUGAAAUGGGAUAAUAUCUAAAUCACCACCUAAGCCCUAGAUCCUCUUUGUCAGCACAAUUAAUGGGGUCAGCAGCACUCCUCAAACAUGCCUCUUCAGUCAAUUCAAUGCAGUUCAACCCACUUUCCCCUGACAGUUAAGUUCUCUUAAGUACAGAAAUGUUAAAACUUAAGCUCAGGCGCCAGAGUCUGUUUGCGAAUUACAAAUUAAGAGACAGCUUAAAUGUAUCUCAGCACCAAGGGAACGAUUUGGCGCAUGAAAAAGAAUGUUCCUUGAAACCGUGGAGCUCCAUGCAAGAACUUGGGUCGGAUAUUUAUGAAAUUAAUUAUGACGAUGUAGAAUCUGAUGAUGAGUUACCAACUAUUCCCCAACACAGCACAAAUUCCACUUCAAAAGAUUAUGAAUUGAAUAUUAAUGUUGGAGGCAAAGUUUUCCAGAUUGCCUAUAUUGCUGCGGCCCGCUUUCCUAAGACCAGAAUUGGAAAAUUGGCUACAUACACCGAUUCCACGAGGAAGUUAGAUUUGUGUGAUGAUUACAGCGUUCUAAACAAUGAAUAUUUCUUUGAUCGUGAUCCUGCUAUCUUCCACCAUAUCUUUAACUUCUACAGGACGGGCGUUUUGUGGAUUAAAAAUGAGCUCUGUCCCAGAAACUUUCUCGAGGAGAUCCACUACUGGGGUAUACGCAUCAAAAACACCAAUAGGUGCUGCCGAAUCUCCUUCGAAGAGAGACAAGAUGAAUUGAAUGAGCAACUAAAGGUCCAGCGAGAGCUGCAAGCUGAACUCGAAGUGGAAGAAGAUGAGGAGCACUUCAGAGACUUGAAAUAUGGUCACCAUAGAAGAGUCAUCUGGAACUUAAUGGAAAAGCCAUUCUCUUCAGUUAUAGCUAAGAUGAUGGCUGUUGCUUCCAGUAUGUUUGUAUUAAUCUCCAUUGUAGCCAUGGCCUUGAACACAGUUGAAGAGAUGCAAUACAUAAGUGCAGUUGGUCAGCUGAGUGGACAUACCUACAUGGAGAACGUAGAGACCAUUUGUAUCAUUUUCUUUACGGCAGAAUACCUGUUAAGAAUAGUGUCCACACCAGACAUUGAGAAGUUUGCACGGAGUGCUCUAAAUGCAGUUGAUCUCAUUGCAAUCCUGCCCUUUUACCUCCAAGUCACCUUGGAAUGUUUUGAGGAUGAAGACUAUGGGAGACAUGACCAGGAUAUUGAGAAAGUAGGCAGAGUGGGAAAGGUUGGCCAAGUGCUGAGGAUCAUGAGAUUGAUGCGAAUUUUCCGGAUUUUAAAACUUGCCCGCCAUUCCACUGGUCUGAGGGCCUUUGGUUUCACAUUGAAGCAAUGUUACCAACAAGUUGGCUGUCUUUUCCUGUUUAUAGCCAUGGGCGUAUUUUCCUUUUCUGCUCUGGUCUUCUCUGUGGAACAUGAUGUCCCAUGCACUAACUUCACCUCCAUACCUCAUGCCUGGUGGUGGGCUGCGGUUAGCAUUUCCACAGUCGGCUACGGAGAUGUCUACCCAGAAACAGUGUUUGGAAGGAUUUUUGCUUUUGGCUGCAUUGCUUUUGGGAUUAUUUUGAACGGCAUGCCAAUCUCCAUUCUCUAUAAUAAAUUCUCUGACUAUUAUUCACAGCUCAAAAGCUAUGAAUAUACAACAUCAUCAAAGCAGCGAGGAAAGAUCAACUUCUCAGGAAGAGCGUUGAGGAAGAUGCUGGAAUGUUGUGGAGGGGUCCCACACCAUCACUUACCAAGGGAAGAAUAAGAUGUCCUCAGACAAUGACCUGAGUUUGAUAAAUGCUCUCACAUUUUCUUUCUUGAGUGGUUUGAAGAAACAUUUCAUGUUUAAAAUCCGGGGAACAAAUUGGCAUGUUCCCUGGAAAAUUGAUGAUAAAUGCAACUGGCAGUGUUCUGAAUGUUGUUUUCAUGAUUAACCUUCAAAGCAUGAAAUGUCUAGUAAAAAUGUUUUUGAAUGUUGUAUUCUCAUUCAGGAUUACUUUCCGCACAGUUUAUUUAAUUCAAUCAAGAAGCAAACUUCCUGGGUAAAAUACCAGUUACGUAACACAGCACAGGUUUUGAAAAAAAUGAUUUUUAGCAAACACAAUGUUGCAUAAAAGAUUUGUAACAACACUCAGAGGCCAGACCACCC